AUGCUCACGACUGGCGUCACCGUCGACAUGCUGUGGCGCGGGCUGUUACGGACGACGCUUAACAGUCCGGCUCCGGCACGAGCCCCAAGCUCUACACGAUCCGUCUUUCCAAAAUCGACCGCUCGAUGGCGCCAGGAGCGCACCCUACAUCUCAAUGCCAGAAAUUAUACCCACAGUCCGAAGCCAGCAUUUGUCCAAUGCAUUCGGAAUAGGCGGCCAUCCCAUCGGCCAUACUCGACCUCAGCACCCAGGACAGAAACACCACGGUCGACCUCCAAACUGAUAUACGAAUUCGUCGACGUGCCGGUACAUAUGAUAAGGACCAGGCAGACGCGAAACUUGCCCGAUUCUAUCCGCAGCAUCGCUCAGGAUUCGACCAAGAUCAGGGAUGACGGGACCGUCCGCAUCCGAUGCGAGGAUAUCCUAUCAUUCCUCCGCGACCUCCGCGACGAGAGACCUGGUAGCUCUCGCGUGCCCGAGUUCUGGGCACAAGUGUUGAAGCCAUGCGUUGCCGGCAUUGAACCCCUCGUCGAAGAGCCUCUCCUGCGAGCGCAAAUCCGCCACGAGGGGAGCUGCGAGGUUGUUACUCAUGUCUUGAGUGAGGCCCAGGAGUCGGGCUACAACCUGACUUCAACAAGCCUCCAUCUUGCACUACGCGCCUUGGCAACCCACCCUGACUACAUAUUGCGGGACCGGCUCCUCGAAAUCAUGAAGCACCAGUAUAUAGAAUUGACACCGGAUGGUCAUGUGAGCGUGGUGUUGGGACUGCUGCGUGAUGGACAAUACGAGAUGGCCAUCGACAGAUUGGAGCAGGCUCUCCGAGAAGAAGUUGAGAUUCCGACUUGGGUUUACGACGUCUUUUUAUUCGUGUUUGCUGAACUGGGCUUCCAUGACGAGGUCAUCAGAAUCAUCAAUCACCACCUGAUCAAUCGCAAAGGGACAGAUUUGGACUGGCCCUCGGCCAACACGUGCUACUUCCUCCUUGACAAGUGCUCAAAGGCACAUCACUACGAAAGCACAAAGUUCAUCUGGAACUUGGCGGUGCCCAAGAUGUUCAACCCCCCGGAUGGCAUGUUGGAGAACGUUCUUUGUUCAGCGGCCAAGGGCCUCGACCCACUGCUCGGGUCUCAAGCCAUUAGGAUUCUGGCGACCCGCGGGAACAAGCUGUCUUGGCAACACUACGAGCCGCUGAUUGGCUGCUAUGCAGGGGCUGGGGAGGAGGAGAAGGCGUUCAAUGUGCUGUGCAUCAUGCACCGAGCCGGUAUCAAGCCAGAAUCGGGCACCACGCGGCCCAUUUAUCUUUUACUAAAGAGCAAGGAAGUGCAUGAGCUCCUGGAGACUGUCCGGCUGCUCUUCCGGCUCAAGUCGCAGGGAGACGUGCCGAUUGCGGCCUUCAACGUGGUCCUCGAGGCGAUACUCGAAAAGAACGGACUCGCGCAGGCCAUGGACUUUUACAGCCGAGUGCGGCUGAUUGUCAAGUCCGGACCCGACGUCGAGACCUUCAACACGAUUCUGCGCAUGAUAUACUCGGAGGGCCAGGAUCGCAGCCUCGAGACGAUUGCGUUUUUGAUGGAGGAAAUGAAAGCCAUUGGAGUCAUGCCCGACAGGUUCACGUACGAACAUGUGAUCCACAACCUGGCGCGCGCCGGGAAGCCCGAACUCGCACUCGAGUAUCUACAGGAGAUGGGCAGGACGUUCCACAGGUCGAUGGGCAGGGCAGGCUGGAUCACCAAGAUCAACACCUUGUGGCUGUUCAAAACGUUGUUCGACGCCGGUCUCGUCAAUGAAGCCGAGGACCUCAUCGCCGAGUCGAAUGCUCGUGGACUAAAGAUCAAAGACAUAUGGCGCGAGCUGGACAGACCUGGAAUUCGCAACGGCUUGGUGAACCCAAACUUCUAUGCAGACGAAUCAUACAUGUCCGAUACGGGGCCAGCAAGCGAACUAUAA